GGUCCUUGCCCAGUGACGUCACCGAUCUUGCGGCCUCCAUCUUGAAGCCGCGGCCUCAGAGUCCGGUCCCCCCGCCCCGGGCAGCGGCCUCCCCGGUAUCCGCCUCCAUCUGGAGCCCGGGACCAGCAGUGGCCAGGGGGCAGCAUGGCGGGAGCUGGUGGAGGCAAUGAUAUUCAGUGGUGUUUUUCUCAGGUGAAGGGAGCUGUGGAAGACGAUGUCUCCGAAGCCGAUAUCAUAUCUACAGUAGAAUUUAAUCAUUCUGGAGAAUUAUUAGCCACUGGAGAUAAAGGAGGACGUGUGGUAAUCUUCCAGCAGGAGAGCAAAAGCCCUUAUCAUAGAGGGGAGUAUAGUGUCUAUAGCACUUUCCAGAGCCACGAGCCAGAAUUUGACUACUUGAAGAGUUUAGAAAUUGAAGAAAAGAUCAACAAGAUCCGAUGGUUACCGCAGAAGAAUGCGGCACAGUUCCUGUUGUCUACAAAUGAUAAAACUAUCAAGCUGUGGAAAAUCAGUGAACGUGACAAAAGACCAGAAGGUUACAACCUUAAAGAGGAGAAUGGGAGGUAUAGGGAUCCGACCACUGUGACCACUCUCAGGGUGCCAGUUUUCCGCCCGAUGGACCUGAUGGUUGAAGCUAGUCCUCGUAGAAUCUUCGCCAACGCUCAUACGUAUCACAUCAAUUCCAUCUCUGUCAACAGCGACUAUGAGACUUAUCUGUCGGCAGACGACCUUCGGGUCAAUCUUUGGCACCUGGAGAUCACAGACAGGAGCUUUAAUAUCGUAGAUAUUAAACCUGCCAAUAUGGAAGAGUUAACAGAAGUGAUCACGGCCGCCGAGUUCCACCCGCAUCACUGCAACACUUUUGUAUACAGCAGCAGCAAAGGCACCAUCCGCCUGUGUGAUAUGCGCGAGUCGGCGCUGUGCGAUCGCCACUCCAAGCUGUUCGAGGAGCCGGAAGAUCCCAGCAAUCGGUCCUUCUUCUCCGAGAUCAUCUCUUCCAUUUCUGAUGUGAAGUUCAGCCACAAUGGGCGAUACAUGAUGACCAGGGACUACUUGUCGGUCAAAAUCUGGGACUUGAACAUGGAGAGCCGUCCCGUGGAAACCUAUCAGGUACAUGAAUACCUCAGGAGUAAGCUCUGCUCCUUAUACGAGAACGACUGCAUCUUCGACAAGUUUGAGUGCUGCUGGAACGGGCCUGACAAUGUUGUCAUGACCGGCUCCUACAACAACUUUUUCCGAAUGUUUGACCGCAACACCAAACGCGACAUUACCCUUGAGGCCUCACGGGAGAACAGCAAGCCACGUAUGGUGCUGAAACCGCGCAAGGUGUGCGCCAGCGGCAAGCGGAAGAAGGACGAGAUCACGGUGGACAGUCUGGACUUCAACAAGAAGAUCCUGCACACAGCCUGGCACCCUAAAGAGAACAUCAUUGCCGUGGCCACCACUAAUAACCUGUAUAUAUUCCAGGACCGGGUCAAUUAGUACUGGCCUCUUCCAUACAGGACAGUCCUUUAGUCCAGCUAGUUCCAAUAGUCGAGCCUAGAAUUCGUACCCCCAUCCAAAACUGAAGAAAACUUCUGACCGUGCGGGAACUCUUGGCAGUCCCUCCCCGUCUGACUUUUCCAGUGUUUAAGGUGCCAUCGAUUAUCCUUUUCAUAGCUGCGCAGGGUGCACCCUGCUUCUGCUGUCUUCUCGCCCUGUGGGGGUCACAGCAGGAAUUACUGUAUUAUUAUUUUUGUUUCUCUUUUUAACCGUCUUGCCUGAUUUUGUAGGUUUCAUUUUGUCUUUUUUUUUAUUUUUUUUAUUUUUUUUUGUAUUAUGUUCAGAUGUCAAUUGCAGUACCAGCCUGCACUCCUGUCCAGUUCCUUCUGUAGGACCUUUAAUGAUCGGGGUGGGGUUAAUCUGUGCAUUUGUUUUUCCCAUCUUCACAUUCUUUUUUUUUUUUUUUUCUUCAGCUCUUGUGUUUUUUUACACCCUCCCUUCCCCCUUCCUUUAUGUCCUUCUGGCAGUCUUUGAAGUUCAUUCUUCUGUACCUAAACGUCCCGUUCCCUGCUCUUCUUCCUCACCUUGCCCUGCGCUGGUGUAAAUCCAACUGCUAGGAAAGCACACAGGGAAUUUGGGUUGACCCGUGGCAGGGUUGGAGGGGUGGGGGGGCAAGGCUAUGACUAUGAGAGUUGUCUCGGUCACUCAUUUUUAAUGACGACCUGACUGUAAUCACUUCUUGCCUUGUCUGGUGGCGCAAAAGGAG